CCCUGCUGGGGGUGGGGGUGGUGAGGAUUCGUGAGGCUUUUAAAGGCAGGUAGCCGGGGAACUAGUCAGCUGGCUUGGGAGUCUCUCUCUCUCUCUCUGUCUCUGUCUCUUUCUCUGUGUGUGUGUGUGGCUGCAGAGAUUUACUUGAAGGAGAGAAUGGGAAGGCAGCCAUGUUGUGACAAGGUGGGAUUGAAAAAGGGGCCAUGGACAGCUGAGGAGGACAAGAAGUUGAUCAACUGCAUCCUCACCAAUGGCCAAUGCUGUUGGAGAGCUGUCCCAAAGCUAGCAGGUUUAUUGAGGUGUGGAAAGAGCUGCAGGUUAAGAUGGACCAACUACCUGAGGCCUGAUUUGAAGAGAGGCUUGCUUUCAGAGUCUGAGGAAAAGUUGGUCAUUGAACUCCAUUCUCGUCUUGGGAAUAGAUGGUCUAAGAUUGCAUCUCACCUCCCUGGUAGAACUGACAAUGAGAUAAAGAAUCAAUGGAACACCCACAUUAAGAAGAAGCUGAGGAAGAUGGGAAUUGACCCCAUCUCUCACAAGCCCAUCUCUUCUACCGAUGAACACCACCAAAAAGAGGAACAGCAACAAGAACAACCAGGUGCUGCAGCUGGCGAAGAUGGGAGAAGUGAGAGCAUAAGCCUCCAGUGUCCACAGGGACAAGAAGAAGAGAAGAGCAUUACCAGUUCAUUUGAUUUCAUAGAGACUGAUCACCCAUUUCUUCAAGACUCCCCUAGCUUUUGUACUGAUGAAGUGCCCAUGAUUCAACCCCAUGAGAUUAUAUUAUCUGGUGCUUCUACUACAAUAUCCUUCCCCUCUACUUGCACACCAUCAUCAGGCUAUUCGUCUAGUUCAUCACUGAAGGCUGAAGAGAUCCAAUUUCCAUGCAUGGAGCGGCCAGAGCUCACGUACCUCUGUGGGAUGGAUGACUUCAGUCAAAUAUGGGAUUCGAUCUGUAGCGAUGGAGAUGGGACACUAGCCCUCGAUCCUCUAAACCAUUAUCAAAGAAAAGCGUGGGAUCGAGAAUCAUGGAAUUAGAACAGUUCUGAUUCCGUUCUACAUGGUUUUGUAAUUAGUACACGCAAACAAAAUAAAGGAUGGAAGAACAAUCUCUCGUUAUUCUUUUCUUUUUCUUUUUCUUUUCUUGACAGGGAGAUCAAAUCUCUCGGUAUUCUUCGGAAGCUACUUUGUUCAAAUAAUUGGAAAGCCAAAAUAAAUAAAUAACUAGGA